AUGGCUAUGCCUGCAUAUGCAGAGGGGGGCCUGUAUCCUUCGGUCGAGUUCCUGCGGGGAUAUAUGUAUCCUGAAUGGCUUCAUGCUGUGCAUGACUAUGCCGAGUCUACAGGGGAGAGCCCAUGUCCCUCUGUAGCAUCCACCACCACCAGCCUCCUCCCGUACUCCCGCUCCGGCCUUUUAGAGCUUGCCUUGUAUAACGCUACUGUUACGAACUCGAAUGAGUGCAGCUCGAUGUGUUACAGGCGCGGAGUUCCACCACAUAACAAAACCUUUCAGGCUAUGCAUGCUCAACGACAGCACCAAAUUGAGCCAAGUAUGGGGGGCAAUAAUAGUGUUGCUAACUUUAAGAGGGGCGAACGAUUAAUCCUUCCUUAG